GUUAAACGUCACAUUACGUCAGGUCAGCCAUAUUGUUCCUUCUUGACGUGCGACCAAACAAAACAGCACGUGUAAAAAAUGCGUAUAGAAACUUGUUAUUUCUGUUCGUCCAGGAUAUAUCCUGGACAUGGAAUCCAAUUCGUCAGAAACGACUGCAAGAUUUUCAGAUUUUGUCGUUCAAAAUGCCACGCAGCGUUCAAAAAGAAGAAGAACCCGCGUAAAACCAAAUGGACCAAAGCUUACCGUAAGACCGCUGGCAAAGACCUGGCUAUUGACCCAUCUUUCGAGUUUGAGAAACGCCGCCACACUCCUGUGAAAUACAGCAGGGAAUUAUGGAAUAAGACCAUUGAAGCCAUGAAGAAGGUCGAGGAGAUCAGACAGAGAAGGAGCAACAACCACAUCAUGCAGAGACUAAGGAAGGGCAGAGAAGUUGAGUGGCAGAGAGAUGUCAGGGAAGUACAGCGGGAUAUCUCAUUGAUCAAAUCACCAGCAGCUGGUCUUAAACAGAGACAGUUGGAAGAGGAGACAGAAAUGGACAUUGAGCCUGAGACCAUUGAGGUUGUUGACGCAAAGGGUCGCAAGCAAGUCAUUGAGGCACCUGUCAUGGUGCCCGCUACUGGCGAGAUGAUUGAAGAUGGCGGAGACAUUGAAUUAUAAAACUGUGAAUUACUUUAGGAGUUCAUAUUAUUUUGAACUGUGAUUGAACACAUUAAUGUAAGAAAUAAUUUUGGUUAGAAAAUCAAGAUGCCAACAUUUUUGACAACCAAGAAAUAAUGCCACUUCUUAAAAGGUCUUCAGUGAUAUUUUUGUGCUGAAUAACUGCAAAUGUUUAACUUGACCUUAAUUAAGAUUGUGAACUAGCAAGUUUCUUAAUGCAAUUGUAAAUUAUUCUGUAGUAAUCAUACUAUUUUCUGUUCAUCGAUUAUUACAGUGUAAUUAAAUUAU